AUGAUCCUCUUGCUCCACGACUCUAGCGGCGACUCAAUUUUGAGAUCAAUUCUAAGGGGGCUGACCGGAACUGACCCGGUCUUCCCAAACAUCAUAUAUCAACAAUGUCGCUCCUCGCGCAGUGGUGAUCAUGAAAUCACCGAACAGGCUCUUCCCGACCAUGGAACCAACUCAUACAAACUAAAGGACUUACCACCAGAAGAAGGGGUGCAGGGUUGGAUUUGUGUUGGAGGAGGGUUUCUUGCGCUGUUUUGCAGCUUUGGCUUCCUUAAUGCCAUGGGAGUUUUCCAAACCUAUUACCAGGAGAAUACUUUACACGAGUAUGCACCGUCGGACAUUGCUUGGAUCUUUUCCUUUCAACUGAUGUCGAUGUGGGCACCUGGACCUCUCUUCGGCAGAAUCAUCGAUACCUAUGGACCCAGGCUGGUUCUUUUGCCGUGCAGCAUCCUCUGCGUCUUUGCUCUCUGCAUGACCAGCCUAGCUUCGGAUUACUACCAAAUCUUUCUUGCUCAAGGUGUUGCAUUUGGGAUUGGGGCAGGAGGAGUUUUUACGAGCUCGACAGUCUGCGUCAGUCAAUGGUUCUUGAGACGCCGUGGACUUGCGAAUGGUAUCAUCACAGUGGGAAGCAGCCUUGCUGGCGUAAUCUUGCCCCUGUUCAUAUACAAAUUGCUUGUCGAGAUUGGCUUGGCCGGAGCUCUUCGAUAUUCAGCACUAAUGAUUGGAGUGUUGUUGGCGCUUAGUUGUUUUCUCGUACGACCUCGAAUGCCGCCAAAGAAAUGGGACAAGAAGGCUGGGUGGUUUGAUCCGAGUCUCUUUCGACAGCCACCUUUCGCCCUGUUCACCAUCGGCUCUUUCUUAUCCAUGUGGGGAACAUGGAUACCGUUCGCCUUCAUAUCGACCUUUGCGACCCAGAAGGCCUUCUCUUCCGAGAUGGCCUUGUCGUUGAUAUCGUUGAUCAACGCAACCUCCAUCAUCGGUCGGCUUCUUCCCAAUUACUUGAGUGACAAGGUUGGGCACUUCAACGUCAUCUCCGUCGCAGGGUUUCUCUCCAGCAUGAUCAUGGCUUGUCUGUGGCUACCUUUCAACUUUUUCUCGUCCCAUGCAGGCAUUACCGUUUUCUGUCUCUGCUACGGGUUCACAAGCGGGACGUUCAUUGCUCUGAUCGUCCCAUGUGCUGCAAAGACGGGCUCGAUCGAAACCAUCGGAACUCGGUUUGGAACCUACCAGCCCGUCAUUGGCAUGAGCAUGCUCACUGGUCUCCCAAUCUCUGGCGCUAUCUUGGAUUUGCAAGGAGGGUUGAACUACUGGGGUCUGCAGACCUUUGCUAUAGUCACAACCUUCAUUGGUGCUAUCAUCAUAGCUGCUUCUACCGUUCUGUUUAGGAGAUCAAGCAAUACAUGGAGAGUAUAA